UGCAAAUGAGACUCGAGCAGAAGUUGAAGAUGAAACUUGCCAAGAAGAUACGGCUUCGGCAGAAGAGGCUCUUGCGCAAGCAGAGGAUGAGGAAGAAGGGGCGAUGGCCGCCUUCCAAGAUGCCUUUGCAGUUUGUCUCUCUUCUCUUCUCUUCUCUUUGGACAUUCCACCACGGCAAGAGAAGUACAAACAGAUGGGAACAGAGAAGAGGAGCGAGAGAGAGAGAGAGAUCAGGAUGGAGGAGUUCAGCUACGAGGACAUCAAGACUGCAACAGGAAGCUUUGCUGUCGAGCAGUUGAUCGGUAAGGGAAGCCAUGGGAGUGUCUACAGAGGCAGGCUCAGAGGCGGACAGGUCGUGGCAGUGAAGAAGCCAUUGGGACCGAUUCAGUCCUCUAAAGAUGAAGCCAAUCUGGACAACGAGAUCGACAUCCUCGCUUCUGUGAAGAACCCAAGCAUCGUCGAGCUCAUUGGUGUCAGCCAGAGUCCUACCACCAAGCUGCUCGUCAUGGAGUUCAUGCACAAUGGCUCCCUCCAUGACCUCCUCCACUCGUCCUCGAGCCCGCCUUCGUGGCCUCGACGCGCACUCAUGGCUCUCCAGGCCGCUCGCGCCGUCCUUUCGCUCCACGAAACGUCGCCGGCGGUCAUCCACCGCGACAUCAAGUCAGCCAAUAUCUUGAUGGACGGCGAAGGCAACGCGAAGCUGGCUGACUUCAGCCUCGCGGUGAGAGCCGACGGAUUUCGGCCACCCAACUCAACGGUGCCGGCGGGUACCAUCGGCUACCUGGAUCCGUGCUACGCCGAGUCAGGAAAGCUCGGCCCCGAGAGCGACGUGUUCAGCUUCGGGGUGGUCUUGUUGGAGCUCGUCAGCUCCAGGAAGGUGAUGGACAUGGAGCGCGAUCCUCCUUCGAUCGUCGCGUGGGCACUGCCGGUCAUAAGAGAUGGUCGGCUUGCCGACGUCUGCGACAGGAGAGUAGCGUUGCCGGACUACACGAAGACGCCGAUCGCUCGUAUGCUAAGCGUAGCCGAGCGAUGCGUCGCAGAGAAGGUAGAGAGAAGGCCGUCGAUGGGAGAGGUUGUGAGAGAGCUGCAAGGGGUGGUGGAGUGCAUGAUGAUAUGGCCAUGGAUGAGGUUUAAGGUCUUCGAGAGUGUGCACAGGUGUGUCCGGGCAUGGAGGAGGUGUGCCAGGAAGAGGGUCACCACUACAACAAAGAUCGUGUGCAGGGAUCACUCGAAUGAUGGUGGGACUGAGGAGAUGGCCAUGGUGGAAAGAUGAAGCCAACUCUCUCCUUCUUACUUCGGAGUGCUCAUUUCAGCAAGGAGGUGAUGCCUCUCGAACAUCACCAAUAGCAUUGUUUUGUGAUUGAAGGAGGGCAUGCACUUCACAUGAUCUCUGGUUUUAAUUUGCACAGAAUUGAAGACAGAUGUGUGACUGAGACUGCAAUAGGUGAGAUCAGUCCAAGCAACACAGAGAACAGUAUGCUAUCUUUAGAGGAAUGCAAGCAUAUAAGAUGAUGGAAUUGUGUAUACUUUGUGCCCAUGAAUGACAUGAAGAAGCUUAUCGUUUUCCAAGCCAACAUGUGUCGUUCAUGAUGUCCAUUAAACAACACUCGAGAGGAGAUGAAAUUGUCGUAUAUUUUUUUCUACUAUGAGUAGUAGCAAAAUGAGGCAUGGAGUAUUUAACA